AUGGCCAUCAUACUCGUACGAGCAGCAUCGCCGGGGCUCUCCGACGCCGCCGCCGCCGUGCGGGACAUCGGCGGCAUCAGCCACCACGGGAGUCUCCAGUGCUCCUCUCUGCUGAAGAAGAAGCCGGCCCGGCGGUGGAUGCUCUGCUCGCUCAGGUACGGGUGCCUUGGCCUCGACCCGUGGGAGGUCGGCCGCGCCUCCUCCCCCGCCGUGUACUCCAGCCUCGCCGUCAACCCCGCGGGAGAGGCCGUCGUCUCGUCCGAGCAGAAGGUCUACGACGUCGUGCUCAAGCAGUCGGCAUUGCUCAAACGCCAGCUGCGCAAGCCGGUCCUCGACGUCAGGCCCCAGGACCUCGAGAUGCCGCGCAACGGGCUCAAGGAAGCCUACGACCGCUGCGGCGAGAUCUGUGAGGAGAACUAUGUUGAUGACAGAGGAGCGGCGCCGCGCCAUAUGGGCCAUCUAUGGGUAUUUGCACAGUAUCUGACGAGUAGUGUUUCUGCAGUGUGGUGUAGGAGGACAGAUGAGCUUGUAGAUGGGCCAAACGCCAACUACAUUACGCCGACAGCUUUGGACCGGUGGGAGAAGAGACUUGAGGAUCUGUUCGCGGGACGUCCUUAUGAUAUGCUUGAUGCCGCUCUCUCUGAUACCAUCUCAAAGUUCCCCAUAGACAUUCAGCCAUUCAGGGACAUGAUUGAAGGGAUGAGGAGUGACCUUAGGAAGACAAGGUAUAACAACUUCGACGAGCUCUACAUGUACUGCUACUAUGUUGCUGGAACUGUCGGGUUAAUGAGCGUACCUGUGAUGGGCAUCGCACCCGAGUCUAAGGCAACAACUGAGAGCGUGUAUAGUGCUGCCUUGGCUCUCGGAAUCGCUAACCAACUCACGAACAUACUCCGGGAUGUUGGAGAGGAUGCUACAAGAGGAAGGAUAUAUUUACCACAAGAUGAGCUCGCACAGGCAGGGCUCUCUGAUGAGGACAUCUUCAAAGGGGUGGUCACAAACCGAUGGAGAAACUUCAUGAAGAGGCAGAUCAAGAGGGCCAGGAUGUUUUUUGAGGAGGCAGAGAGAGGGGUAACUGAGCUCUCACAGGCUAGCAGAUGGCCAGUAUGGGCUUCCCUGUUGUUGUACAGGCAAAUCCUGGAUGAGAUUGAAGCGAACGACUACAACAACUUCACAAAGAGGGCCUAUGUUGGUAAAGGGAAGAAAUUGCUAGCGCUUCCUGUGGCAUAUGGGAAAUCGCUACUGCUCCCGUGUUCAUUGAGAAAUAGCCAGACCUAG